CGUGAAAGUCAUCCUUGAUUUUUAUCAGGGAAACAAUACUUAACACGUGAAUCUAUUUUUCGAUUAUUAUUAUUAUUUACAGAUGUAACGUUCUAAACGAGUCUACCUCUAAAGAUGAAAAAAUAAUAAAUCGAUUAAGAAUAUUUGGGAAAAUUUAUUUAUUUUUCAUUGAAAAAAUACAAUGAAUUUCGAGCGAACUUGUUUGCUUAAAAUACACCAAUGAGAAUUUUUAAAAUUACAAACAAUCGCUUUGUUAUGGAUGAACUAUUUGCCGCUACCCAUCUCCUAUAACCAUUAAGAAUGUCGGACUUUGAUCCAGGCGGAUAACGCUUCCGCGAAUUUUUACAAAAAUGUUAUAAUUUAAUAUAAUUAUAUAUGUAUAAAGUUUAAUUUAAUAGCGAUAUUGACUGGAGACAAAGAAAAUUUCGAAAUUGUAACGAAACGACAUUCGACGUAAAUCCUUUCGCCCCAUUACUUCUCAACCGACCGACCAAUCAGGAACGUCAGAAAAAAGGAAGCUCAAGAGGAGACUUUAAAUAUCCCGCGACCAUGGCGCCACCUGUUAGAUGCGCAUGAGCAGAAAGUCAGUUCGACUGCAUCCGUCCAUUCGACAAUCAUGUCCCGAAGGAAACAGCCAAAUCCCAAGAACAUCAAGCAACAAGAUUUACCGUCGGAACACCUUGGCAUUGAAUUGCAACAAAACUGUGAUAAUACUCCAGCCAUAAUAAGGGACCAGACUAAUUUGAAUACAAAUGUUAAAAGACCGAGAGGACGACCUAGCAAAAUACAAACUUUACUAAAAAAAGAAGCACAGAAAAAGGCAGCGAAGAAGAAAAGUCAAAGCAUGGCAGAAACUAAUAGUAAUGAACAAGAAAAUUCAUCUGCAGAGCAAGUAGAACAAAUACAAAAUAGUCCAAAUAGUAAUAAUGAUGAUAAUAAUAAUACUAAAGUGAAUGAAUUAAAUGAAGAUAAUGUAAUGAAAAAUUUAAAUAAUUCUCAAAAUGAUUAUGGAAAAGAAGAAUUAAAGAAUGGAGAACACCAAGAUACUAAAAAAGAAAAGAAAACUCAAGGGGAUAAGAUUGCUGAGGAAGAUACAAAUGAAGAACCAGUCACUUGUCCAAUAUGUAAUAAAGUAUUUGAAACAGCUCAUAAUUGGACUGUUCAUGUUCGGCAACAUAGUAAUAGUGACAACAGCCAUUGUUGUCCUCUUUGUGGUAAAGUUUUGAGUUCUUCUAGUUCUUUGGAUCGGCAUAUGCUUGUUCAUUCUGGAAAAAGACCUUUUAAAUGCAGAUAUUGUGAGAUGGCUUUCACAACUAAUGGAAAUAUGCACAGGCAUAUGCGUACUCAUAGUGAAAAUGAUGAUCCCAAUGAAAGCACAAAGAUAAUUAAGGAACCAAAAUUGAAAAGAAAAUAUAACUCCAAUGAUUCCAUUCCAAUUUUAGCAAAAAAAUGUCAUACUGAAGAAAUUAAUGAAGAUCAAGAAAAAUUAUAUUGCCCUGUUUGUGGUAAAACAUUUCUAUGCAGUUAUGGUCUUCAGACUCAUAUGGACACACAUCCCAAUGAUCCUAUUCAAUGCCAAGAGUGUGGUGACAUAUCAAGUAAUUACAAUAUCUAUAGGAAACAUAAGUGCUGUGCUAUACAUGAAAAGAAGGAAGAUACAAAGCCUAAAAUGAAUAAUAAUAUAGUACCUGUAGGCUUUCAAGAUCUUACAUUUAUUGAUUUUUCUACAAAAAAAUUUUCCUUAAUUGCAAAAUCCUUCUGUGAACAUAACAGACGACGUCCAAGUAGUGCCUUUCAUACAUUUGAAUGUUUAAAAUGCAAAAAAGCUUUUCCCUGUGGUAGUGCAUUAAAUCUUCAUGGAAUUAUGCAUAGAAAAGCAUCUGGAACAUAUUGUCCAAGCUGCAACUGUGAUUUUUUAACUCCUGCUUCUUUUCAAGUUCACCAACUGAAACAUAGAUCUGCAGAACAUUGUUCUGCAGAAGAUAAUGGAAAAAAAGAAGCAACUGAUGUUGAAUCUAAAGAUGAAAGAAAACAAUCUGAAAAAGAAGAUUUCUUGGCCUUAUUAGAAUUACAAAGUGAAGCCCAUAAUUUAAAAUAUUCUUUAACAGAACAAAUAUACCAAGAAAAAGAAGAUACAUUUGAAAGCAUAUCUUACUUUACUCAUGGAAAAGUAGAACCUUCAUUACAAAAAAUGAAUGUGAAAAAUACCAAUGGUGAUUUUGCUGAUGUACAAGAAAUAAUAACCGUUACUGCUAAAUCUUCCUUUUUAAGUGAUAUUCAAACAACACCUGUUGCUGUUUCUCCUGCUUCACCAAAUCAGAACUUGGUUUCUGUUUUACCAGAAUCUCCUUUAGUAGCUGAUUCUGCAAGUCCUGAUACUCCGUCCAAAGAAGAAUGUGACCAUCCGUCAUCAGUUAAAGCUGUUAUUUGUGAGGGUUCAGCUUCUAUGUCAAAUAUUAAUUCUGUUGAAAGUUUUUCUUGUUCAUUUUGCAAGCAAUCAUUCAAAAAUUCUAAAGGUCUUAAACGUCAUAAUAGAUUACAUAAGCAAAACGGUUCUACUUUUACAUGCCAUUUAUGUCCUUAUAAUAGUGUUGAUAAAAGUACUUUAAUUAGACAUUUGCGAACACAUAAUGGUGAAAGACCAUUUCAAUGUGCAAUUUGUAAAUUUGCUUUUACAACUAAAGCUAACUGUGAACGACAUGUUAGAAAAAGACAUAAGAAAAUAACAAAACAAGAAAUUCGUAACUCUAUGGAAUAUAAUCCCAAUAUGUCUGAAGUAAACUCACCUGAAAUUCUAAUGCCAGAAGUAUGUGGUUCUGCAGAAACUGUAUGUAAAUAUUGCAAUGUUAAUUUUAAGUUUAAUCGUGUUUUGCGUCAUCAUUUACGUUCACUUAAUAACAGUUGCAGUAGAAAACCAUUUUUUUGUAAUAUAUGUAAACUUGGCUUUUCUACUAAAAAUAAUUGUAUAAGGCAUGUUCUAAGACAACAUCAAGAAAUGAGACAAAAUUUAAAUUCUGUUGUUAUGGCAAAUGUACAAAAUGAAACAGCACAGCAUGAUUCACUUCAGUUUUCUGAUGAACAUUCACAAAAUGAAAUAUUUGGCUCAACUUCUGAACCUUUAAAUUUAACUACAAAAUGUUUGCCAAUAUUGAAUGAAACCAUUGAAACAACCAAAGAUGAUAACAUAAGCAUGGAAGAUGUUGUAAGUGCUGCAACUAGUCUAGUAAAUUUAUCACAACUUUGUCCACCUCAAGAAAAGCCACUGGAUUUAGCAGUACAUGCUUUGGAUUUAAGAACACAUUCCAGGGAAAGUUUAGAAAAGUCAUCAAGGCCAGUUAGCAUUUAUAGUUUAAGUGAAGAUCUAAAUUUUAAUUCAUCACCACCUUCUUCAUAUUUUGAAUCACCAACUACCCAGUUAAUUUCAGAGAAAGUUUUUCCAUCUGUGUCAAAUGAUUUGCAACCUUUAUGUUUAGUUUCAAAUACUAUUUGUAAUGCUGAAAGUCCAAUUCCAGAAGUUAAGUCAUGUAACAUGACUUUCAAAAUGGUUAAUGAAAGACUAUCAUUUAGAAAUCAGCGUGUACACACUUGUAUGUAUUGUACUGCAGGAUUCACUUUAAAAUCAAAUAUGGAGAGACAUAUCAAAAGAAAACAUCCCGAAUAUGCAAGACCAACACGCAGCAGAAAUUACAUACCUACUUUAACAUCACCAGGUAUUCAUAAACAAAGUGUAUCUACAUUAUCAACAAAAACUAGAAAUGCACUUCGAGAAGUUUUGAGUCACAAAUCACAUAAUCUUCCUAUAAGUCAAAAUGAUAAAACACAAGAAUCACAAGUUAUUACAGACGAAAUAGAAUCAAGGCAAAAUUUGGUAUCUGAAGACAAUCAUUCUACUGAUAUGCCUCAAAUUCAGAAAACUGAAGAAAAUAAUAAUAAUCCAUUUGAUAAGAUCCCUGAUAAGAAAGAUGAUUGCCAUCAAGAUAAUUCAUGUGAUGGUAAACCAGAAAAUGAAACUGCUACUGAUCUUGCAAGUGUCUCUGCUGUAAUUGAUACAGCAAAUUCUCAAGAAUUUAAGCAAUAUCUUUUAGAAGUUCACACUUCUGAGAAAUGUGCAACACCUGAGAGUAGCAAUAAUGAUGAAAUACACCAAGAAGAAGUAAAUUCUGAAGCUUGUUUAUCCCCAGAUAGCAAUAAGAAUGGUGGAUCUGUAAAAAAACGUAGUUCUUACGCAGAUUCACCUAAUAGUGUAACAUGUCCUUUCUGCUCUAGAAAAUUUCCAUGGUCAAGUUCUCUUCGUCGACAUAUUUUAACACAUACUGGCCAGAAACCAUUUAAAUGUCCAAAGUGCCCAAUUUAUUUUACCACAAAAUCAAACUGUGAAAGACAUCUCAUGCGAAAGCAUGGUCACAAUGGUGAAAUAGUUCGAAGUGUGCCUGAGAGACCUUAUAAAUGCAAUUUAUGUUCUAGUAGUACCUUUUCAACUCAAGGAAAUCUUAAAAAACAUUGUUAUGUUAAACAUAAAGUAAAAAAUUGUUCUGAUCAAAAAUUGAAGGAAGGAUCAGAUGGAGAAAGAAGCAGUGAAGAUGGAAAUGAAAUUGAUGAAUAUGAUUUUGGGAUGCAAGAUAACAAAGACAAUAAUUCUGAAGAAAAUAAUUGCUUUUCUCUAGAUUGUCGAUUUUGUGAUCAAUCAUUUACUGUUCUGCAAGAUUUAUUAGCUCAUAUUGCUGAACAUACAGAGGCAAAUCUUGUGUAUAAAUGUCAUUUGUGUGAUGAUUCUUUUACAAAACGGCAUGAUUCAAUUAAUCAUUUAAGAAUUUCUCAUACAUCUGAAUAUGAUUUGCUAGUAAAUAAAGGAGUUAUUAUUGCUGAAAACAAAGACCUGGAAAAUUCAGAUUGCCUUAAUUCUAUUUCAGAUCAGUCAAAUAAUAAUAACAACAAUAACAAUAAUGGAAACAAAGAUGUUUUAGAUUAUAAAGUUUGUAAAGUUGUGUGUAUUAUUUGUUUUAGUAGAUUUUGGUCAAAUGGAGAACUGAGAAGACACAUGAGAAUACAUACAGGAGAACGUCCAUUUUCUUGCAAUAUAUGUCAACGGAUGUUUUCAAUGAAGAACAGUAUGCUUCGCCAUCAGCAUAAGCAUUUCGUUAAUUCAACUCAAUCUAGUACUGAUGAUGAAUGUGUUUCAGAUCAAGCUUUACCAACAUUGUCGCGAUCAAGUCAAAACUCUUUACUGUACUUAAUGUAUGAAGACUUUCCAAAUAAUUCUCGCUGGAACUCAGAAAAUUUGACAGAUUCAACAGCAAUAGUUCCUGUACAAGAAAAAACUAAUCAGAUACAAAGGGAUCAAAGUGAAAAUAAUUCAGGAGAUUUAAUACAAGAUCUUUUAGGUAUAAAUGAUUCAAAAAUAAUGGAUAAAAUAUUAGAUUCAGCUGAUUCUGCUGCUCGCCUGUUAGGAGUUAAUGAAAUAUGUUAAUAUCAAAAUAGAAAAAUUGUUAGUUUAUCUAAAUGUUAAAAUUUGACAAACAUAAAUAUUAUCACUUGAGUACUGAUAAUUUUAAUGUUAGUCAGUAUGUUAAUAAAGAGGGACCAGAACAUUUGAUGAAAAUAUUUGAAAUCCAUUCUCAGGGAUUUCUAAAGUAGCUCAUAUCUAAUAUAACUUGUCAUUGCACUAAUAGUAGAAAUCAUUGUAUCAUUGUAACAUAGAAACUAUAACAAACUACAUUCUAAUAUCUGUAAAUAUAAAGGUUUGUAGUUUACAUAUAAUAAGGCAAUUAUACAUUCAUACAAAUCUUCUCUUAUUUUUAAACAUUUACAUAUAAAUUGUUUCACAUGAUUAUCAUUCCACCAUAUUUUAAAGUUCCACAAAGAGCACUAACAAUUUGCAUUUCAAUCAAAAAAUUCAUUCCUUACAAUCCUUUUUUUUUUAAUUGAUAUAGUUAGAUCAUAAAUGACUUGAAUACAUUGAAAUAUAAUAGUAUUUGCAUUAUCAAAUAUGUCUGCUAGUAUUCAUAUUUCAUAUUUUUUUUCUUUAGUUAGUAUUUGGAUAAAACUAUCAGCUCUUUUUGAAUAAAAUAAGAUUUUUAUUAGUAAUUCUUUUUAAUUAGUUUACUAUUGAUAGAGUAGAUUGAGCAUAGUCUUUCAUUAAAGUUAUAAUGGCUGAAUGCUGUAAAAUGUUACAUUGAUUCUUUUCUGAAAUGAGAAUAAUUAUUUUCAAAGUAAGAAAUAAUUUUUUGGACACAAGAUUGAUAUAAAUUUGAUUAAUAAAUUGCUGUAAUUAAAAAUAUCUAAAGAUCUACAAUUUAAAUAUUUUAAUUGUUUAGAUGUGAUGUAAAGAUAGUGUUGUCAACAACUAUAUGGACCUAUGAUUUACUUUGUAUAAGGUUACUAAUUUUUUAUUUCAAAACGAGUAAAAAAUUUAAAUUGUCUAAGAUAUUAGAAUUUAUUUCAUUAUAUCUUUCAUACAUGUUUUUUAAAAUUGCAGAAAUUUUCGUUAGACUAGACUUGGUGUUCCCUCUUUACUUUAGUGCAGCUAUAGUAUUUCCCAGAAUAAGAAUGGAGCCAAUGUACUGGAUCUUAAAUGUGUAUCACUCUGUUGCCAUAGCAAAGCAACCAAAAUUUUUUGAAACAUAUUUGAAUUUUUGGAAAAGACUGAAAAUUCAAACAUCACAUAAUGUUAAGUUUUUGUUUUCUUAUAAUUUAAAAUUUCCCACAUAAAUGUUGGAAAUUUCAAGUAACUUUCAACAAUUUUAAACUUAUAAUUUUCUAAUAUUUAUUAUAUAUAUAUAUAUAUAUAUAAUAUUAUUGUUCUACCUCAUAAUGAACAUGGAACUAUUCCUUUGAAUCUGUAGACUAAUGAAAAUUGGCUCCAUUCUUAUUCUAUAAUUUCAGAAAAAAAAAACUAUAUUUGGAAUACAGAUGAAUUGUUGUUCUUAGAAAAUUAUUGAGUUUUGUUUUUAAGUUUUAUAUUUCAAAUUAAAAUCCUUAAUACAUAAUCAAAAAUUUAUUAUAAAUUUUUAAAAAAUUUUUAGCAAAUAAUAAUUGAAUUUAUAAUUUUUAAUAGUGUUCCAAAUUUUUAAUAGAAAAAAAAAUAUGCAUGUUGAUUACCUAGUUCACUGCUUAUAUUGCCUAGAUUAUUGUUAAUGAAUUGGUGCUGUUGUUUAUGCUAUGCAAUCUGUUUAGGCAUACUCUCUAAAAUCUUAUUUGCAUCUGCUACUAUUAAAAGCACAAAAUAUAUUUCCGUCCACAUUCCUUACAGUUUAAAACAUUCUCGAAAAAAUCUGUGCCUUUACAAAUACUGCUUAACUCAUAAAUAUUUCUGCAACUUAAAUCAGCAUAAUACAUAUCACAUUACCUUAUUCGCUUUGUUUAUUUGCUGCCUAGAGUGCCUUAGAUGUAAAAUGAUUUGUGAUUAUUUUAUGUGCUUUUGAGAAAGCAUUGGCUCAUGAUGGGACCUCAUUGAUACAAUUAGUUAUUCCAAGUGGUUUAAUGAUAGGUCUUUUUAUAUGUUGUCUUUAAUUGUGACUUCUGUUAACCGUCCAGUGUCUGCGACUUUUAUCACAAUAAUGUGUUCAAUUCAAAUUCCAAUACACACAUUCACACACACUUCAUAUACAUAAACAUAUACAUACAUAUAUAUAUAUAUAUAAAUAUAUAUAUAUAUAGUGUUAUAUAAUUCUUGAAUAAUGGACCAAAAAUGAAAAUCUAUAUCAGAAUUUUUUCAAUAAAUUGCCUGAAUACAUGUCAGUGAGAUCAUAUGCUAGUCUGUUUAGCAGCAUGCAUUUAUUUACAUGAAUGAUUAAAUGUACAAAUUCUAGCAGUUGUACAGUAACUGUUCAAAGUAAUAAUGUUAUCUUUUAAUAGAUGACAGAGGGAAAUUUGUGUGUGAUAAGCAUUUCCAAAUUCUAAAUAGUAUAUCUAAAAGGACUGAUAAUUAUAUUAUAUGCCUUUGUGCACAUAAUAUCAUUUUUUUUAUUUUUAUGUUUUUGAUUUUUUUUGUUCAUUAUUUCAUGCCUUUGACAUAUUCUGUAUAUUGGAUAGGAAAAAUAAAAGAUUUAACCAUUUA